AUGACCUCUACCAGACAGUUGGUUACUGGAGGUCUCCUUUAUGAUCUGUUUUCUGAUUGGUCAGAGAAAGACAGGCUAGUAAUCAGUGGUUCAACAGACUGCUCCAUCCGACUGUGGUCCAUCGGACGAGGUUGUGACUUCAGGUCCAUCUACACCUACAGCUCUGUCCAAAGUCUUUGCUACUCUGAGGAGGAAGGACUCAUCAUCUCAGGGUCAGAUGGAGGGAAGAUUCAGGUCUGGGACUCGGAGAGCAGAAGUAACGUUCAGUCCAUCCGGGGGCACAACACAUCUGUCACCUGUCUACAGGUGGAGGGAACCCACGUGGUGAGUGUGUGCGAGGAAGGCAUCGUGAAGGUUUGGGAGAUCCGCGACCAGAACCUGCAUGUGGUCUACGUGAACGAGAGUGUGAAACUCGACCCCCCGGGCCCGCUGAAGGCGAGACCCAUCCUCUCGCUCGCGUACGCCAACAACAAGAUUUACUACGGAGACGACGGAACCAACAUUAAAGUCCUGGACUGGAAGUCUGGAACAAUGCAGAAGCUGCCGAACCACCUUCGAGGGUUCGGCUCCACAGACAGCAUGGUCGCUGUGGAGGGGACACUGCUGGUCAGCUCGGGGUACGACCUGGACACCGGCAUUGGAUAUCUCAAUGUGCGCAGCCUGCCCAGUGGCGAGUACCUGGCUUCCCUGUGUGAUGACGAGGCGGGGAGAUUGACCUGUGUGGCGCACACGAAAGUCACCAACCGGCAUCGCUUCGUCACCGGAGGGAGCGAACUGUUGGUCUGGGACCAGGCACUUCCAACUGAGAGAGAGGUGAUUGCUGCACACUACGAGGAGACGUUUGCGGGGCCGGUCGAACACUCCGAGGACGAGAGCGACGAGGAAGAGGAUGGAAGGGAGGACAUCGAGAUGGGGCGACGGAGGCGGCACAGCAGCGCGCAACUCGCACAGGACGCAGCCUGGUGCACGGUCAUGUGAUCCACAGCCAAUCAGGAUGCAUCCUGGUGCACGGUCAUGUGAUCCACAGUCAAUCAGGAUGCACCUUGGUGAAUGGUCAUGUGACUAACAGUCAAUCAGGAUGCAUCUUGGUGCAUGUUCAUGUAAUUAUCAGCCAAUUAGGAUACAUCCUGGUGCACGGUCAUGUGAUCCACAGCCAAUCAGGAUGCACCUUGGUGAAUGGUCAUGUGACUAACAGCCAAUCAGGAUGCAUCCUGCUGUGUGAACAUGUGAUCCAAUCAGGAAGCUCCUUUGUGGACAUGUGAUCUAUAGCCAAUCAGGUGUCAGGAUGAAAUUCUGUGGAUUUUUUUUUUUUUUGCUCUACGGACAUCCGACAGGAAAAACAAAUUUGUUGGGUCCCUGCAGGAGUGACUUGACUCUACUGCACAGUAAUCAAGACUGAAGACAAGAUGAGAUGCCUGCAACCUAGCUGAAUAGUCAGUCUCUACUGCUGUUUUAGACUUUGUGACAAGUGCGCCAAAAAAUAGCAGUUACGCAAGCAACAAUGUGAUUUUGUUAACGAUACUAUCUUUCAUUAGUGAUACUGAAUAGAUCUGUCGAAGAGCAGGUUUUAUACCCCGACUAUGAAUCGAUAUGCAAAGGAGGUGAGGACAAAUUUUAGAUAGUCCAAAUGAUUACAAAAGUAUGACGUACUCAAGACAAGGUUGAUGCAAUUAAGUCACUUAGCUCCUGUUGUUUGAGUAUAGGAGCUAAUGUUAUAUCGUGUCUGUCAAUCUUAGUAACAAGUAGAUGCGCAGACACAGGAGUUAAGUUAGUCCAAAAUGCUCUUAAAUUGAACUGCAACUGUUAAGAACGAAAUGACAUGAAAAUGAGUUGAGAUGCAAGCAAUUCAAUAUAAUCAAGUCUUAUGUAUAUUACUGUAUUAUUACUUGUCAAUUUCUUCUGCAAUUUUUUAACGUUUCUGCAUUUGUGACAAGAAUUUUUUUUUGUGUACAGUUACCAAAACUGGUGCAAAACAGCAUCGAUAGACUGUUU